AUGACAUCCUCCAAGGAAUGGCAGAAAAUGAUUAAUGGCGAGUUUUACUGGGCAUGGGAUGCGGACCUUCAGGCAAACCGUGCCCGAUGCAGAGCGGCCUGUCUCAGAUUCAACGAAGCAGGCCAGGUAUCGAGACGUCGAAGGGUAGAACUAUGGAGAGACAUCAUUGGAGACACACGCCCCCUCCCACCGGUCCACGCCGAUCCCGAGGAGGAUGAGAAUCUCUUUAACGAAACGGAUCCUUACGUGGAUCCCCCGAUAUCUGUGGAUCAUGGAUUGAACUUCAGAGUCGGCAAAGGCACAUUCUUGAAUUUCAACUUGCUGGUCCUUGACACUUGUUUGAUUACCAUUGGUGAAAGGACACUUUUUGGUUCCAAUGUCUCACUCUACGGUGCUACACACCCCAUGGACCCAGCCGAGCGAGAGGAUUGGAAGGACCAGAAGCAGGAAAGAAGAUUAAUAUUGGAGACGAUGUGUGGAUUGGAGGCAGCGUUGUCAUCUUGGCUGGGGUGA